AGGGGUCUAGAACUGCGGGUCCAGAACUGCGGGUCUGAAUCUGCAGUCUCCGGGUCUGCAGAGACAUACUAUUGGGGCAAACCUGACUUCACCGCGGUGUGUUUCCCUUUAACAAACAGUCCAACGUAACAUGACGCAGAUGCUUCCAUCCUUAUACCCUUGUGUCCAUCCUCACGCGGCAGCCAUCCAGCGAACCUCCUGCAUCCCCCUGGCCCAGCCCCCUUCUCUCCUCUCCCUCUCCCCGGGUGUGUGUGCCAGGAUCACCGCUCCAUCCAGCGGAGCUCUUGGCAGAGAAGCGCAGGGAAACAAUGCAAACCGAGACGAUGGAGCCGCGAAAGGACUAACGGCGCUACACGGGAAAGGGGCCACAGCCUCUCAGUGUUGAGCUGAAGAACAGAGAGACCAGUUGACAAAAGAAGCAAAAGGUUGCGCAAGAGGUCUGUCUGGCCCCAUGUCUGCCCCUGCUCCAGCCAAUCGGAGGUCUGCGUUGGGCUCUCGCCGAUUCAACCCUCUGAAGGUGUUGCAGCCCAAACGUCGUUUGCAGCAAAUACUGGCAUCCUCGCCCGUCCCUGUGCCCAAGCCGGUAUCGGGGUCGGGGACGGCUGCGCCAGCAGCCACGGCGCCAGUGGCCAUUCCUGUGCCCGCGCCCCCUGCGUUUGACUACUGCAGGUUCAUAGAGCUAGACUACGUCCCUAUGGAGACAGGCUAUAUGGUCUCAAUGCGCCCGACUAAAGGCUAUGCAUCAACCAAGUCGCCAACUAAAGGAUAUACUUCCACCAAGUCUCCAGAUCGCCACAGCCGUUCAACAAACUCUCCCUCGACCCCUCGCUCUCGGCGGACACCAGCCGCGCCCAGUAAUAGAGAUCCCCAUGGCAACGCCUCCCUCAGCAGCAGCAGCAACUCAGGCUCUUGUAAAGGCAGCGACUGCAGCCCCACCAAAGGACGUCAUCAGAAGUACACAUCAUGUACAGACAACCAUGGCAUCCGGCCCCCUCCACCAGAGCAGUACCUCACACCCCUGCAACAGAAAGAGGUGUGUAUCCGACACCUGCGGGCCAGGCUAAAGGAAACCAUCAACACUCUACAAGACAGGGACACAGAGAUAGAUGAGCUGAGAGGCCAGCUUUACAGGAUGCAGGAGGACUGGGUUGAAGAGGAGUGCCACCGUGUGGAGGCUCAGCUGGCCCUGAAGGAGGCGCGCCAGGAGAUCCAACAGCUCAAACAGGCUGUGGACACUGUUCGUGCCAGGCUCAGUGAUGCUGGGGGGCUCAGCGGGGAUGUAGGGGUCCAGAAGUACUUUCAAGACAUCAACACUCAGAACCACAAGCUUGAGAACCUUUUGCUCAGCAUGGAGCUAGCCCAGGCUGGAUUAGCCAAGGAGGGGGAAGCCAUGUCAGGCUGUCGGACCCGUGUUGGAGGUUCCGCACCUGCAUCGGUAUCUGGGGAAAGUCCAGGGGGAAUGCCCAAACCAGCAGUAGGAGGGAGGGGCUCUUGCUCCUGUGACGGUUCCCCAGCCCGUUCUCUGACCCGGAGCUCCACCUACACUAAGCUCAGCGAUCAGGCGCUUGCAGACCGUAACGGCAAUGGCACAGACUUUCCUUGUCUGUCAGGUGAUGGCACCCAGGACAGCGGCUUUGUGUGCUGUGGGGAGAGCAGCGUCCCCAGCCGGGCUGACCUGCUGUUGGAGGCUGCCUUCCUCUCUGAGGAAACAGCAUCUUUACUCAACUCCUACGCACAGACAUUUUCCCACUCUCUACCCAGCUCUCUACCCCACUCUCUAUCCCACACUCUGCCCCAUUCUCUGCCCAAUUCUUUGCCCAGUACUCUGCCUCACACGUUCUCCCAUACUUUACCUCAUUCUUUCCCUCACAGUUUGUCUCACUCUGUGCCCCACACUAUGCCGCACUCCUCCACCUAUGAGAAGCUGUGCACAGGCGAGCGGCUGGCGCCCUUGCGUUGCGGCCUGGGUGGGGUGGGCUGUAUGAGCCAUCCCUGUUUAUCCCACCACCAUCUCUACCUGCACCCAUUGCGUGAGACAGGUAUUCAGACAGAAAGCUGCCCCGUCCCUGCAACGGCAGGUUACCCCUCUGAUCUGGAUACCAUUGCGGAGCAACGCACUUUCCGCUCCCAGGCCUGCAGCCCCACCUCCACCUGGAUGUCUGAUGAAGGGGAGGAGGAGCUGGACUCCAUCACUACCACAACUUCAGUAACCACAGCGACAGUCAUGAGUACAGCCACAGAGCCGAUCCCAGUCACAAAAAUGCCGCUGGUCCCUCCCUUACCCCGGUCUGCUACUGUGGCGUGUUCAAUGGAAACUCCUCAGUGUGGGGGGAAAGAGGGAGUGGAGGCAGAGGAAAAGCAAGAGAAAGAGAUGGGGGAGAAGGAAGCUGCUGCAACAGAGAAACAGGAGGAAACAACAGUGAUCAGACUGGGAGAAAAAGAGCAGCAGACACAAAUGGGCUCAGUGGGAGGGAAUGAGGUGGAAGUUCAGGUUACAGUGGAGGAGCCAGCACCAGGAAAACUCUGUGAUUUAGCAGAGACAUCAACAGGGAUGCAGGGUGAGCUGAAGUUUGGAGGAUGCUGUGGAGAAGGCAGACAGGGUGAGACAACACUGGAAAAACUGAGUAUGGAAGACAUGCAGCAAGAGGUUGGUCCAUCAGCAGCAUCAACCCAGGUAGAGACGAAAGAGCUGAGUCAAAGUCCCCCAGGAUUAUCACCAGACGCAGAACAGCCUCAAACCUCCCAGCCGAGGAGAUCUACUUCUCAUGAGGAGAUAGCUGGUGUCACUGUAGUGGAGUUGCAUGAUGAGGACGAUGAUGAAGAUGAAACAAAAGAACAAGGCGCCACAGGGGGCGCCACAGCAGAGGAGGGAGAUUCAUCCGACCCUGGGACGAUUCAGAAAAGCUACUGGAGUCGUCACUUCCUAGUUGAUCUACUGGCAGUGGCCAUCCCUGUGGUGCCAACAGUGGCUUGGCUGUGCCGCGGUCCAGUCCGUGACAGACAGCCCAUGUAUCAUAUAGGGUCACUGCUGCGAGGUUGUUGCACUGUGGCGCUGCACUCACUGCGCAGGGGAGGAGGGUUGAGGCAUUACCCCGCGGGCGGGGGAGACCUGGGCGGAUCACAGAUAUAAGAGGAGAAUGAGUGCAGCACCUCUGUGGUCCUUAUCUACGAUCUCUCCUGUAUGGGUCUGUGUCCUCAGCUUGUUGAAAGAUACCUGCAGUGUGAGGAGAGGAAGAGAAAAAACUUCCUGUCCUGCAUGCCUCAUCAAGGUUACUCGCUGAGGGAAGCAUCGGGAACAGGAAAUGUGCAUUUAUGACUCUGAUCUCUGACUGGUUAAGUCUGUUCUGUUUGCUCCUGCUCCUUAUUGUCUCUCACCCACUGGUUCCUGCUGUUGCUACCAAGAUGUCUGCUAACACUACUGACUUGUGCAAAACUGAAUGAGCUGAUUGAAAUGAAUGAUCUAUGCUUUGAUGUUUAACGCUGAUUGUUUCUUUUUUAAAUGCAGGGAAAUGUUAAAGGUUCAUUGAUCUGUUAACCAACAAGGCUGUCUCAAUUCUGACAUGCAUUCAUGCGUUGGUGAGUGUGUACAUGAAAUAUGUGUAUGUAUGAGAGUGUGUCUAUAUAUAACCAAAUGGUCUGGUUGUCUGCAGUUGAUGAGCUGCACUCUGCUCACCUUAAUUCAGACUUUACACGUGUCCUGUGACUGCAGACAGUAUGGGCUUUUCUUUGAGUCUUCAAGACUGAAAAAACAUGGAGUUCAUCUAAUAUCAAGAAACAACAAUGUAGACGUAGAAGUCAGGUUGAUUUUAAGGGUAGAACACACCGAAACACACCGCAGCAGACACUUUCAACCCUCUGUUGGAGAGCAGAUCCAUCAUGCAGUCAAGCCAAACUGUUUAAUACUGUUGUUUCUGUUUAUGCCAGGCAGACACUGUGCAGAUUAAAAGCCUUUGCACACCAAGUCCGUAUUUUAGUAUGCAUCUUUUAAAUCCGUCAUCCGAUAAAAACGGUUAUGCACAGAAACCUUGCACACCGAGUGCAAUGCGUAUUAUUGUUCUAUUUGUUGUGAAAAUUCACAAUAUGAGACCAAAUGAAAGGCUAUAUUUGCGCCCUCGCUUCUCUCCACUGCAGGUACCUCCCUAGCUGUCAUCAAUCUCCUCAUGUGUCUUGCAUUUGAAGGCUGAGCUGUCUUCCCUCUCUGUCUCCACACUAUUGCUCUCUCCAUCUUUCUGUUUGCAUACAGUCCUCGUCCUCUAUUACAUCCUCCUCCUCUUCAUCAUCAUCCACCUGAAUGUUACUAUCUGACCCAUGAAGUAGGCUAUCUGAGUUAUGACAUAAUACCAUACGCAGAAACUCAAGCCUCUUCAAAAACAUUAAUGACAGACCAAAGUUUCUGAGUCAGUGUGUAAACAUGAUUGACAAAAGGUGAGGUUGUAUUUUUUUAUUUUUUUUUAACAGGCAACAAUCUUGGACAAAGAAAUACAGACUUGGUGUACAAAGGCCUUUAGCCAGACUUUAACAAAAAACUGAUCGCCUCUGAUUUAUUUUACAGUGUAGAUGAGUUUCUGCAAGUCAGUUGUUGUUUGAUGUUCAGCUUGAGGGGACAUGAAGUGGAAAUUCAGACAAAAAACAGCCCUGCGAUAAAACAAAGGAGCCAUGUGUUGUCACAGAGAAUCUGUUUUGAGUAACAGAUGUGUAAGUUUGACUUUGCAGUUUGAGCAGUUCCACAACAUCUCUCAUGGCUACUGUCAAAAGAUGCGUUAUAAAUGGUAGUGAAUUUGUAUGAAGCUGGAGACAGCAGGCCAUUAGCUCAGCUCAGCAUGAAGAUUGGAAGCAGGUGCAAACAGCUAAUCAGGCACUGUUCGGAGUUUAUUCUACCAGCAAACCAGAACCUAAAAAUUCAACAAGUGAACACGUUAUAUAUCGACUUUUAUCCGCUCCAUGCACA